AUGUGUAGAAUGUUAAGAGUUCGAUGAGUUUCAAUUUAAUGAAGUUUGAAGUGCUGUGUUUGAAGAGAAGCGCGCGCAGGAAGCUGAUCUUAUUCGCUGCUCAGCUGAAUUUCUGUUGGCUUAGUGCAGACCCUGCCCUGAUUGCCUUAUAUCCACGUCUAUUGACGUGUAGAGAGCAGAUGGAGGCAGGACUGAUCUGAUCUUUAGUCUUCAGAGGUCAUUCUACAGUUACGGCCACUUGUUGCCAAAUUGCUCAAAGAGCGCGAGCGCGUCGCGAAACCGUUUCCAUAAAGAGCUAUUUCUUUGCUUUCGCGACACACAUCUAACGUUAGAUGUUGAGACGGAAAUACAAGCACUUCUUCUGACUUUGUUUGGGGAAAAAGGUCACUGUUGAGCAAAUUCGUCGCAUUUGACGGGAGAAGCAUGGUUGACAACACAAGCAUAGCAACUAAAUCUGCACUGCAAGCCGCUUUCUCGUCGGCGAGCUCUCUUCCUCUGCUGGUGUGCUCCUCCGGGGCUCACAGUCACUCGAGCGGCGGCAGCGGGAUGAAGCUGGAGGCGGUCAUGGAGAACCUGCAGCGGCAGCAGGCGACUCGACUCGCCCUGGAGGAGAAACUCCGCCAAGCCGACAAGGAGAAAGAAAUCCGAUCAAUGGUGGAGUCGCAGAUUCACCAGCAAGCUAUCGCUUUCCGCCACUAUCAAGCAGCGGUGAGGGGAGCGUUCGCUGCAGGAGCCCCGAACCAGACACACGAGCUCACAGCCGACUCCGACAUCGAUGAUGUUGAGGAGGACGACCCAGACCUGGACCGCGGCAUGGGUGAUGAAGACCGCGACUUGGAGGAAGAUGACAGUAUGAAUGAGGCUGGAGGGGAUGAAGACAUGGAAGGACCCCUCGCUCAUUACCCACCGCACCAUGCUGUUUAUCCCGGUGACGGUCAGUCUCCAAAAAGUACCCCGAUACUUAUGUCCAGAGUCCAGCCAACCUAUUCAGCUCCCAGACAGACUGAAUCACCGAGUGGUUUGGCACCGCAAGCACAAUCACAGCACCACGAAUGGACUUAUGAGGAGCAGUUCAAACAGUCAGGCCAAGGCAGCGAGCCAGGGAGGAAGCUGAAAGAUUCGAGUGCUGCUUUCGGUGGCGGUGGCUCUUCGUCUCUGAUUCAGGAGCUGUACGAACUGGACGAUGAUGAGAAAAGGAAGGAGUUUCUUGAUGAUCUCUUCAGUUUCAUGCAAAAAAGAGGGACUCCAGUGAAUCGGAUUCCUAUCAUGGCCAAGCAGGUGUUGGAUCUCUACACUCUCUACAAGCUUGUCACUGAAAAAGGCGGCUUAGUGGAAGUCAUCAAUAAGAAAAUAUGGCGCGAGAUUACCAAAGGCCUGAACCUCCCUACCUCCAUCACCAGUGCGGCGUUCACCCUCCGAACACAGUAUAUGAAGUACCUCUAUCCAUAUGAAUGUGAAAAGCGUGGACUGAGCUCUCCCGGGGAGCUUCAGGCAGCUAUCGACAGCAACCGUCGGGAAGGGCGGAGACAGAGUUAUGGGUCCACCCUCUUCAGCUACUCCCCUGUGGGAACCCCCACACUGCUAGCUUCCCCAAAACUCCAGAUGCCCCACAUCAGCAUGUCCACUCCUAAUGGUGGGCACAUGUCUCAGACAUCUGUUAUCAAGAAAGAGGACUCCAUGCUGUCCAGCUGCCUGACUAACAGGAUGGGCAUCCCUGUGUCUUUGGCCAGCCACCACAGUGCAGCUCAGGCGGCUGCGGCUCAGGCUGUGCAGGCGGCCGCAUUGGAGCAGCUCCGGGAGAAGCUGGAGUCUGGAGAGCCACCGGAGAAGAAAGUGAUGCUGAUGGCAGAGGAGCAGCAGAGGAUAAUGCAACAUGCGUUACAGCAGAAUCUCUUCGCAAUGGCAACCCAGCUACCCAUGAACAUCAAACUGAACAACAGAGAUGAUAGACAAGAGACUGCAUUGAACCUGUCUACCAACGGCAUUAGCAGCAUCAACAUGUCAAUAGAAAUAAAUGGGGUUGUCUACACAGGGGUCCUGUUUGGCCGUAAGCCAACCAUAGGUUUCAUGGCAGGCAGCCAGCGAGUCCAUCACAGACACAGCUCACAGAGAAAGAGCAGCAUCCCAGGCCUCAGCACCCAGACACAGCCGUCCUCCUCUUCCUCCUCACACGGUCCAGCCACCUCCCCCUGAGCUUCUCCCUGACCCCCCACACUUCACUCAGCUCCCCCCCGACAGGGUCAUUCUGGACCGGUGUUUUCUGUCUCCUUCAAUGUACAAUGUACACUUUUUACCAUUUUUCUAACCCUCCUCUUGCAAUCAGGACAGGAGCAUCCGUCAUCAAAAAAACUUCCAUAAAAAAAAAAAGGCUGAGCACCUACAGCUGACAGCCGCACAUUUGAACUGUGGUACAUUUACAUAUGCAGCAAGUUGCAGUUUGUCAUUUUGUUCUUAUGAGGAUGAAUUCUUCAAUGUUGAGCGACUAAACCAAACUGCGUGACAAUGAACGAUGACCAUGAACACAAGGAGCGGGGUGACGCUCGAGAGGACGGGAUAUUCCUCAGACAGAGUGAAUGUUGCAUCAAAGCUAGAUUCUUCACUUUCCUUCACAGAUCCUGAGGUUGUGGCAUCUUUAUCUUUACCUGUUGCAUUCUUGAAUCAAACCGCACGAGCUAUUAUCAGCUAUUACCAAAGAGAACGAGAGCAAACAUUUUAAUGGUUUAUUUGAUAAUGUUAUGAGUUUUCUCACCACCAUCAAACAGCUGAUGCCACUACACAUUUUCACAAAGUUGAAAUUAAUAUCUUGAUUUUAAGCAAAGCACGUCCCAUUUAACUUGGGCAUCAAAUAGUCAGGGAAAAAAAGUUCUUUACUGAAUUACUGCUUAAAUAUAUGUUUGUAAAGAAAAGCUAUCAUUAUAUCCAUCGAAGCAGUCAUCUACACAAUCUUUAAAGGACUGGGAGAAUCAUAAUUCUUGACAUAUGUGCAAGAUUGGUCAUGUGUAGCUUGAUACUGAGGAAAGCUGACAGGAUUAUGUCUGCUAUACUCUCUUCUCGUGGCUGGUUUUGGCCUGCAGCCGUGGCGAAAUGUAUUCCAUUGAUUAGGGAGUUAUUUGGGGAACACUUGUCGACAAUGUUUAAUGAUUUUCCACCACCUCCGCUCGUGUUUUAUUGCAGGGAGAUUUAAGGGUUUAGUAGAGAGAGGGUCACACUGGUUAAUACAGCUUUCACAAGUCAAGGGUCAAAUGAUAUUGUGACGUGUGACUGUGAGCUGGACGUUGAUCACAAAAAAAAAUAAUUUCAACCAUAAAAGAGAGGCUCUUGAGAAGAAGAGUAUGUGUCGUGAACAGGCUGAAUUCAUGAGGUGAGAUCUCUGUCGUGAACAGAAUACAAUUGUCAUCAUGUUUUCAACAAUGCACUUGCAUCUGAGAGUUCGCCUCUCGUCCUUUAUUCUCCUUUUUUUAUUUUAUUUCUUUGCUCACACUCUUGUCUUAUUUCUUUUUCUUCUCUUUUCUGUUGGUAAGGAAAUAGGAGGAUAUUAUUAUUAUGUCACUUUUUUAGAAUUCAGUAGACGAUUUCCAGUUGUAUUUAUUAUUCCUUUUAUUCUCUUCCUUUCAUGUUGAAACUUGGGCUGUUUCAGUGCUUUCAGCAACAUCGCUCAUUUUUUUUUUUUCAUUAUUAUUACAGCCCAAUACCUCACAAAUCCUGCAAACCUGUACACAGAUAAUAGAUUAUGAAAACAACAUAUACCUCAUUUAUUUCAUUUCUAUUGCUUUUAUUGUGAAGCCACUUGAAAAAGUUUUUUCAACCAAUCACUGGAUUUUUUUUCUAUUGUGUAUUGUUUUACCAAAGAAGGGAAUAUAUAAUGAACACACAUCUACCUCAUUUGUUAUAGACUGUGCCAACAACAUAAUCACAGCAGCAGUUUUUACUCAUAGUCUUUCUGCUCCAGCGGGACUUGUGCUGCAGAGCCAGAGGCUGGACCACACAGGGCUCGACACCGCGUCGCUUUCUUUGCUCGUUUUGCCAUUGUUUUAUUAUGUUUUUUAGGCAAGGUAGGGAAAUAAAAUACCAGAAGGAUACUAUUGUAUGAAUACAACUGUUCAAAUUGAUUUAAUAUUGAUCUGAUCCAGGUUCUUCAUUAAAGUAUCAGUAGAUGAUUGAAUCAGAUCCAAAAUAUAUCUUAAGUUACGCUGCAAACUUUGGCGUUUGGUUAAUGAAGUGGUUUUUCUGUUCACAACAUACUGUGGCUUUAAGAAAAUAUAUGACCUACUCUAAUUCUAAAUUAAGUGAAACAAAUCCAUUGCUUUAUACUCUCUUUAAUGGGAUUUGAAUGUGGAGACAUGCUCAGAAGAGGACUUAUUUUUAAAAAUACCAAAGAUGUGACAUUGUUGAGUUUAUAAUUUCAACCCGAUGCUGUCGUUCUUAACUUUUAAUCUCAAGCAGCAGAAAAAAUGUUUUCAUUUGAUGCUGCUGUGGCAAAACUUGAUUUUAAGCACUUGGAGCAAAAGGUAAUCCAAAAAAAAAAGGCCAAGCUGUGUAUUCAAGUAAGAAUGUAAUAACCAUUUCCAGAGUUUUAGCACAACUAAUGAUUAAUGAAAUAAGUAAACCUGACCAUCAUUUUGUUGUUAUAUAGAAGCAAGGAUUAAUGGAAAUAUAUAGUCUAUGUUUAUGUGGAAUUACAGAAGACACAAUCAAUGCACAACUGUCUGAUUCCUGUUGUUCAGUGUAAUUUCCCUCUUGAUCAGCGUAUGAAGAGACUUUUCUCUUCUCUUCUCCUCAAGUCACUAGACUGCAGAGAUAUCUAGAGCAAAUCCUGGACCAACUCUGGAGAAGCAAAAAACAUGAAUCAGAGUGAUUGCAUAACCAGAGUUUUUACGAAAUCACAUUCACAGGCUUACCGAUGACAAUGUAGUAACAUUUGUCCAUAAAAAGACUAUCAUUUUAAUAAUGGUUAAGAAGAAAAAAAAAAGAUUGACUCGUGCUUAAAGAAUAACAUGUUGUUUACCUUGUUUAGCUAUGUCUGCGAUGCUAUGCUGGUAGAGUUUAGAUCCUAGUAUACGCUGUGUAUGAAGCUUAUUUUCCUUUUAUUCACUUUGGAUAAAUCCAGUGCAUUAUGGGAAAGCUGGAUUGUGGUGCUCAGGGGUUAAAAAAGAAAAAAAAAACUGGUGAAAGGUUUGACUUGUAGCAUAUUUAGAAAUAAAAGUACUGUUUUCCACUUUAAUGUCCAGUUGAGUUUUCUUUUGGUUUUAAAUGUUUGUUAAACUGCUGUAAUAAAAGA